AUGAAGGCGUUGUUUGCAGCUGCUUUAGGGUUUGUGGGUUCUAGUUGGCACGCUUCGGGAACUGCAAAUUGUACUGCUUCGCAGAGUCCUUUUUCGCAAACUGAUUUUCGUUCGUUUACACUAAUUAAUUCUUACGAUGAAUCACAUAAUACGAAGGUUUUUCGCUUUGCUCUCCCAGAGGCUGACAUGCCUUUAAAUCUUGAGGUUUCCUCUUGUAUUACGGCGAGGUACGUGGAUAAGGAUGGAAAAGAUGUUGUACGCCCUUAUACUCCUAUCAAUAAAAGUGAUCAACGUGGGUACUUUGAAAUUAUUGUAAAAAAUUACACUAAUUCUAAGAUGGGCAAUCACCUUUUUUCCUUGAAAAAAGGUGAUACUAUGGAUUUUAAGGGACCCUGGGUAAAACUACCUAUUAAAGCAAAUCAAUAUAAGUGCAUUGGUAUGAUUGCAGGAGGUACAGGUAUUGCUCCUAUGUAUCAAGUCGCUCGAAAUGUUUUACGUACACCAAAAAAUACAUCAGAGAUUUCUCUUAUUUAUGCCAAUACACGCAAAGAAGACGUCCUUUUGGGAAAUGAGCUCAAUGAGCUGAUGGAGACAUAUCCACUAUUUUCACCCUAUUUUGUAUUGUCUAAAGCUCCUUCAGAUUGGAUGGGAGGUGUCGGAUAUGUGAAUAAGGAAAUGAUUAAGUCCCUUAUGCCACCACCAAAUCGUGCAGGGGAUUCUAUUAUCCUUGUUUGCGGACCUCCUCCUUUUAUGGAAGCAAUCUCAGGCGACAAAGAUUUCAAGACUAAGCCACCUUCUCAGGGACAACUCAAGGGUAUGUUAAAAGAGCUUGGAUACAUGGAUAAGAUGAUAUACAAGUUCUAA